UCAUCAUUACGCGUGGCUCUAAACGCGCAACGAACAGUCACAGUCUCGGGUCGACUGAUGGGAUCGUACCACCUUAAAAGGGAACCGAACGACGAUUUGACGGCUUCGAAGAGAGUGCGUGUCAUUUUCCUAGCAGCAAUUAUUUUAUCAUUAAUACUGCGCGUGUGUGGAUCCCUACGUCUCUUCGCCUAACUGCACGGUUCAAGGUGAAAGUUCCCACGCGUUUGUUAUUCCAAAGUGGGGGAAAGAUCGUCAUUUGGCGCAGAAAGAUGGACCUGUGGGGGCGUUAUCUUCUCCAUCUCACAACUUAUGCUCUGCUGGCAGUUGUAUUGGCUGGCAGCGACUGCUUGAUGGCCGGAGACAUGUGUUCAAGCGAUGAUACCUGCAGCCCGCGCCUGCGCACACUGCGUCAAUGUGUGGCAGGCAACGGCAGCAUGAAGCUGGGCCCUGGAGCCAGGAGUCAGUGUGCCAAUGCGGUGUCUGCCCUGCUCUCCAGUCCUUUGCACGGCUGCCAAUGUAAACGGGGCAUGAAGAAGGAGAAGAACUGUCUGAGUAUCUACUGGAGCCUUCACCAGUCCAUCAUUCACGGACUCAACUUGGUGGAGAGUUAUCCUUAUGAGACUGUGCAGUGGGAUUAUGACUACGUCCGUUUGGCCUCGAUCACAGCAGACUCUGAUGUUGGAAUGGUACCUGUAAACCGUUGCUUGGAUGCAGCAAAGGCUUGUAACGUGGACGACUUGUGUCAGAAACUGCGCACAGAAUAUGUUUCGGCCUGCAUCAAACCCACUGGCAAAUCUGGCCUGUGCAACCGGGUCAAAUGCAACAAGGCCCUGCGCAGGUUCUUUGACCGUGUCCCAGCCGACCACACGCAUGAGCUGAUAUUUUGCCCCUGCAAAGACACGGCCUGCGCGGAACGUCGUAGGCAGACCAUCGUUCCCAGCUGCUCUUAUGAAAGCGUGGAAAAGCCCAGCUGCCUUAUGCAGAGAAGGAUCUGCGAGGCUGACUACGUAUGCAAGUCUCGUCUGGCACAGUUUCAGUACGACUGUGAACCCUCUGAAGUGUCUGCCAGUGGUUGCAAGCAAAGAAACUAUGGUGCCUGCCUCCUCGCCUACACAGGACUCAUAGGAAGCCCGAUCACACCAAACUAUAUUGACAACGGCACUUCCAGUGUGGCACCUUGGUGCUCUUGCUCGGCCAGUGGCAACCAGAGGCAGGAAUGCCAAGACUUUCUGGACUACUUCACUGACAACAUCUGUCUCCGGAAUGCCCUCAAGGUGUUUGGAAGUGAAUCUGACCAGCAGCCAACGGCGGGCCGGUCCAAUACCUUAAGCCCUGCCCACCACAACAAACAAAAUAGCAGUACUUCCCCACUGGAAGGCAUACUAACAAGGGGGUACAUCCUGGAUAAGAAAUUCCCCACACAGGCCAUGGGAAAUGAACUCCUGGUGGGCCAGUCCACUUUGCUGUCCAACAGCCUCCCAAAUGCAGCAUCCCCUCUCGGGCUCCUGCUUCCAGUUGCUGUCAGUCUUCUGUUGUUUCGCUUGCUCGACACUGGACGCUAAAGACUGCGGGGAUGCACUCCCCUCCUGCUCCAGAGAAGGGAGGCAGUUUCAAGAACCGUUGCAGCUACUCUUGCCUCCCCCUUCUCUUGUACAGUAAUUCAGUUUCUAUUUUUGUGUCUAGGUAGUUGGACCCUUAACGGAAGCCGAUGUGUACAGUCGUACAUGCAGUCGUUGCUGUGAUCGAGACAUGCCAGAAUUGAGCUAGAGAUCUCGGCCUCUCUCUAUAUGACUGGUACGAAGAUACCAAAAGAAGCUCUCACUGUGCGUCAGGGUUUGGAGAGCUGCCGGAGCAUACAGCCCUUUAACAGCGCUCUUCUGAAGUGACUGCGAAAGGACCAUUAUUUCUAAUCAAUAGUGGGGAACAAAAGGGUGGCGGCAAGCCUGAGAGACAACCGAGCAACAUUUUACUUGGACGUGGCCGACAGAUGCCCUGAUUCUUCAGUGUCCUGCAGCAGCGUCCAGCCGAGAGUGCAAAAGACUAACCUUGACACUACGAUCAUGCUCUCCAUCGCCGUUUGUCAAACUCUGACGCUAUUUGUUAGCUCUGGAGCUAUAGUCUAAAACAUGGCCUCGCUUUUAAAAGGGAAUUAUCAGCCAGUCCUCAACAGGCAAUUCCUUUAGACCCCUUGGCUGCUAUACAAAAAGUAAUUGUGAGUGUUAUUCUCGUUCUUGUUGUGCAAGUGGACACCGCAAUAGUGGGCAAAGGGAAAGGUUUGCCAACAUGAAUAAAUCAACUGAGAUUCUACUGAUGUGAAAAGAGUCUAUGGCAGUAUUUUUUGUUCUGGAAAUCUGCAAAUAAAGAAACUUAUCAAUUCCCAA